AAUUUGCACAAGUUCAAGCUUACAAUAUGCCACAUGUCCAAGCUCGAGCUCGUGCAAAUGAAUUGAGCUCGAGCGGCACGUUCAUUUGGCGAGUCGAAUCCAAACACAUUUUAAAGCUCAUCCGCUGGUCGAGCGGGCUCGACAAUCAAAUAUUCGGUUCGACUAACGGCUCUAGUGAUGGCCCUCUCACUCAUCCACCCAAAUUCAAUUUAAUUCCAUGGCAAAAUCGCCAGAGUUGGUGGGAUUUUGAUCUCUAAUCCUCCCAUGGGCGCAUACGAAUAUUAUAAUUACACAAUAAUAAUUUGUGAGAAUGUGGUUAGUUGGAGUGGAGCAGUGACCUGAACUUCACGCAGAGUGGGGUGGAGUGGAGUGAAGUGGAGUAGGGUUUGUACAACUAGUAUUUCCGAUUUGCUCAUGGAUUGUCGUCCAUCGCCUACCGCAGCCGCAGGAGCAGAAGCACCGCCACCAACAACAUAUCGCAUAGGCUACGCGCUUUCACCAAAGAAAGUGGAAAGCUUCAUCCAGCCCUCUCUCCUCAAUCUCGCCAAACAACGCCACAUCCAUCUCCUUCCAAUCGACCUCCACAAGCCCUUAUCCCACCAGGGCCCUUUUGAUUGCCUCCUUCACAAGUUAUCCGGCCCCGACUGGACUCAACAGCUCCGCCACUUCUCUUCCCUCCACCCUGACGUCCCCAUCAUCGACCCUCCCGACGCCGUCCUCCGCCUCCACGAUCGCCUUUCCAUGCUUCAAGUCGUCCGCGACUUACACCUACCGGAACCAAUCGACGAAUCCGACUCCUCUUCUUCUUCUUCUUGCUCUUUCGGAAUCCCUCACCAGGUAUUGGUCCCAGAUCCCCAACAUCUCCGAGAACAGGGAUUGCCUAGCCCCCUCGAGUUUCCGGUGAUCGCGAAGCCCUUGCUCGCUGACGGGACCGCCAGCUCUCACCAGAUGUCUUUGGUCUUCAAUCACCAAGGAUUGAAGCAAUUAGAGGAGGAGGAGGAGGAGGCGCCAUUUGUACUGCAGGAGUUUGUGAACCACGGCGGCGUCGUCUUCAAAGUCUAUGUUGUUGGGGACUACGUGCAAUGUGUCAAACGGAGGUCCUUACCAGACAUCCUCAUGGACGACGACAAAGCAUUGGGAAGAUUGGGGGCCUCCCACCACAAUUUGUUGACCUUUUCCCAGAUUUCAAAUCUCGCCGCCGCCGCCCCCCCUUCUUCUUCGUCUUUUAAGAAUAACGAUGAGCAGCAGCUGCAGGAGGAGGAGGAGGAGGAGGCAGCCCAAAUGCCUCCGGUGAGUUUCCUUGCUCGCUUGGCCAAGGCCUUGAGGAAUGCCUUGGGCUUGCAUCUCUUCAACUUCGACGUAAUCAGGGACGGUCGGUUUGGGAAUCGGUCGACAAAAGAAGUGCUGCGACUAAUGGUUGGAAUUGGUCCCGUCGGAUACUAGUGCUCGGAAGAACAGCCCACGCAAAUGAGCAUUAUUAUUAUAAGUAAAAAGAGAUUGUAAUCUUCGCGAGGGAGAAAUUGGAAGUGGAAAAACCAGGCGGCGGCGGCAGGCAGAGCAUUUCUUUUGUGAAGUUAAGGCCACGACGGAGGAGAAAAAAGACCAAAAAAAAAAAAAAAAAAGCCCCAAAAAAGUGCGAGUGAAGCAGCAUCUUGGGAGUUUGUGGGCUUUGUUACUUAAAACAAACCUUUACUCGGUGGAAGAUUCCUUGUCCGGUCCUAAGAUGAGUCGCUGCAAUUCAGAAAUUUAAACCUUUGCACUACUCCACCUGAAGUAAAAUUUAAAAGGUUUGUGAUAGUGCAUCCCUUGUUUGAUUUAGAGGUAUAAUCCUCUUCUUCUAAGCUAAAAGGUUAGAAUAAAAAUGAAAAGAAUAGGAAUAAAAAUUGACGAUUGACCCAAAAAAACCCUUCUUGGGACCGUAUGUACGAAAGACUUUGUGCGAGGACGGCGAGAAUGCCUGCCGGCCGGCCUCCCUAAAUGCACUGUAUGUAGUGUCUGUAGUAGCGGAGCAGUAUAAAUUAUUUAGCAGACCAGAAAUAGAAAUAGGCCGCUAUAGAUUAGAUAGUGGCAAAUACCAGUUGCAGCUUUCAAAGGGAGUGCUGAAGUGCCAAGGUAAAAUCAAUCAGUGGCAGAGCAAUAAAAUGUUUGGCCAGCGAAGCAUGGAAAGUUUAUGGGACGCUGCAACUGGCGGGUGUGGUCCGGGAACAACUCCCAGACGAUGGAAGGCGAUGGGUGAUGAUCUCAGGGGGACUAAACUCAAGCUCACUUUCCCCCACAUUAAAUUUAAUCCCGCACAGACGCAGCACCACCAGCCACCCUCCUCCUACUUCAAAGAGGAGUUUGUGGUGGUGGAUGACCAGAAUCGGAUCAAAGUGACUUGGGUGUUAUAAAAGGCGGAUUCCUGGACCUGGGCUUCACCCUCUAUCGUGUUACUUUUCAGGUCAUCCCCAACCCCAUCGAUCAAUUUUCCUGCACCACCAAGGCAACCAUCGACUGCCGCGCUCGACGGUGACGCUGCUGCUAAUGAAAGCUGCUGCCAAUUACCUUCACACUCGCUAUCCCUGUUCCGCCCCCACCUGACUUCUCUCCCAGCAUUUUCACCAUAGUUACUUGUUUAUGCUUUUCCUUGCUCCGCUUCUUUCCUUCUUUUUCACUUCCUCCUCCUAUGGGUUUCUCCAAAAUGAACAAUACAUACUCUUCCUUUUUUCCCCCCUUUGCCUGCAGUGCUUGGAUUUCUUGAGUAGAUAUUACCAACGCCCGCCAAUUGGUGUUAUGGUGUCUCUGCGUCUGUACAAGCUAAACUCCAUCUUCAGAGUUUCAGCCACGUAUAAUAGUAAUGGUUGGCCUUUGUGAUUGCGUUC